AUGUGGAUAAGUCAUCCUUCUUUUAUGAAUGUGGUUUAUGAGUCUUGGAUUGAAGGUAUACAUGGAAAUCCCAUUUUUGUCUUCAUGAACAAGCUAAAAAGAUUAAAGACUAUAUUGAAGCAAUGGAACUGGGAGGUUUUUGAUGAUGCACAAGUUAGAUUGAAACAAGUUGAAGAAAAGGUGCAUGAAGCUAAUGUGUUGUCUGAUGAAAAUCCUUCUGAUAUUACUCUUCUAAACAACUAUAUAACUGCCAGAGGAAGUAGAGAUAUUGCAUCUCAAAACUUUCAUACUUUCUUAAGUGGUAUUAUUACAGAUCAAGAGAAAAUAGCAGAAUUGCUUAUUGAAUACUUUAAAACUAAAUUUGAGUACCAAUCAGUUUAUCUUACUGAUUCUAUUAUUGAUGCAAUUCCUGAGGUAGUAUCUAAUGAAGAUAAUAGUAUGUUGGAAAAAGUACCUACUAAGGAAGAGAUUAAGGAAGUUGUUUUCAAUUUAAACCCAGAUGGUUCACCUGGACCUGAUGGCUUUUCUGGUGCAUUUUACAUAGUUGCUCGGGACAUCAUUUGUGAAGACCUUGUAGCUGCUAUUCAAUUCUGUUGGUUCAAUCAAGUAAUUCCAGCUGGUCUUAACUCAAACUUUCUCAUAUUUUUACCCAAAAUAAAAGGUGCUAAGAAGAUUUUAUUGGCAUCUGAACUAGUGAAUGAGAUGAGUAUUCAAAGAAGAGGAGCUAAUUUUGGGCUAAAACUAGACAUUUCUCAGGCUUAUGACUCACUAAGUUGGGAUUUCUUGCUAGUUGUACUUAAGAAAUAUGGUUUUUUUGAUGGAUUCUGUAAAUGGGUUCAAAUAUUUCUUCAAUAUACUAAAAUUUCCAUUUUAUUAAAUGGUGGUCCAAUUGGGUAUUUUGGAGUGGGUAGAGGAGUUAAACAAGGAGACCCUCUUUCUUCCAUUCUAUAUGUUUUAGCAGCAGAUGCAUUAAGCAGGAAGAUUAUUCAAUAUAUUCAAGAGGGUAAAAUUUUACCAAUGGUAAUCAGGGGAGGUAUUUAUCCUUCACAUUUAUUCUUUUCUGAUGACAUCUUUAUUUUUUGUAAUGGUUGCAAGAAAUCCCUUCAGAAUCUCAAAUUACUUCUUAUGGAGUAUCAGUCAGCUUCUGGACAAUUGGUUAAUGCAACAAAAAGUAAAUGCUUUACAGAUGAGACUUCUAACUCAAGGAAGAUGCAGAUAGCAGAAAAUAUGAAUAUGUCUCUUUCUUAUUUCCCAGACAAGUAUCUAGGGGUGAUGCUAGUACCAGGUAAAAUCAAGGUUGAACAUUUAGGGUCUUAUGUGGAAAUGCUUCAAAGAAGUUUGACAACUUGGGUAGGUAAAUUGCUGAACUUCCAAGAUAUAAUUACUUUGAUUAAGUUUGUACUUUCUAGCAUACCCAUUUAUAACAUGUCCAUCUAUAAAUGUCCUAAAAAGGUAAUACUUGCUUGUGAAAAAAUCAUAAGAAACUUUAUGUGGAGUGGUAAUACUGAGGACAUGAAAUAUAUUACUCUGGAUUGGGAGAAAAUCUGUGUACCACAAGAAGAAGGGGGUUUUGGGAUUAGAAGAAUUGAAGAUAUUAACAAGGACUUACUGAUGAAACUACUGUGGAGAAUUCUUAACUCUAAGGAAGAUUGGGCACUUUUCUUUCUAGCUAAAUACCAAGAUCUCAAUGGAAUGUGGAUUUCUUAUUAUAAAAAAUCUUCUGUGUGGCUUGGAAUCAAGUGGGUGUUAAAUGAUUUCUAUAAAAAUAUCAGAUGGCUUGUUGGUAAUGGGAAACAAAUUUCCAUCUGGAAUGAUGCCUGGAUUCUUGCAAAAAAAUUGCAUGUGCUCUCAUUAGAGGAUGAUAAGAUGGUGUGGACAGCUACUCAAAAUGGUGAAUUUUCAGUUCAAAGUGAUGUUAAUGCUAUCAGGAAAAAACGGCCCAGACUUAGAUGGUAUAAGAAAAUUUGGAAAUCUUUUGUAUAUCCAUCUACUGCAGGAAACAUCUGGAAAAUAACUAGGGAUGUAUGUGCUACUGAUGAGAAGGUGAAAAAUAGAGGAAUGAACCUGGCAUCAAGAUGCUAUCUAUGCAAAAAAGAACAAGAUAAUAUGGAGCACAUUUUAUGGAGUUGUGAUUAUGGUCAAAUACUGUGGAAAUGGAUUGGAGCAUUCAACAUAAUAAUGGACAUCUGGUUUACAAGAAAUCGAGUAUACUUUAAAAAUGUUACUCCAAACAAUUCAGCAGCUCAGAAAAGGAUAUCCAGAAUAAUUCAGGACUGUGAAGUUAGACUCAAGGGAUAUAUAAAAGUGAAGAAUUUCAUAACAGUUGAAUGCACUUUCUCUUUGGCUAAAUAUGAUAGUACAUUAAUAUGUUGUGAUGGUGCAUCUAGAGGGAAUCCUGACAAUGUUGGAUAUGUAUUCAUUGCAAGAGAUAGUGAAGUGAAGGGGCUGAAAAGUAAGGUAACUAUAAACUUAGACUCUAAGGAUGUUAAAUCUGCUUUUAGUAAGAAUAAACUUCCUUGGUUUAUAUGUAAUUGUUGGAUACAUGUUUGCAGUAAGUUAUCAGCUAUUCAUUUUAAUCAUGUGUUUAGAGAGAUCAACUUUUCAGCUGAUUUCCUUGCAAAGAAAGGAGUACUGUUGGCCAAAGGAAAAUUUCUGAAGUUUAAUGAAAGACCCUCUAAUAUGCAGAGGAUGGAAUUUCCAUGGUUUACAUACUACAGAUUUGCGUGA